CUGAGUUCAGAGACUGAUUUGAAACUCAGACUGUCUCUCACCUGUGUUGUUGUACAGAGGCCAAAUCUCUGUCGAGCCUGGAGAAGCCCAGAGAAUCGGCCUCAGCUCCGGCCCUGGAGGCCGCCGUCCCUGAAACCAGCCAUCGCUCCUCAGUGUCCACUCAGUAUGGUCAGGUGAAGCGAGGCUCGCUGGGUGCAGUGACGAUGAGUCAGUUAAUGAAGCGGCAGCUGGAGCAUCAGUCCAGCGCACCACAGAACAUCAACACCUGGGACACGGGUCCAGUGAAGACCAGUCUGCUGUCGGCCCCCAGCACCGUCAGCAUGUUCGUUCCCGCGCCAGAAGACUUCAGCGACGAGCAGCCCACUACGAUGGCCGACAGGUGCCGUGACUGCGGGGCUGUGCUGGAGGAGUAUGAUGAGGAGACUCUGGCUCUGGCUGUGGUGGUUCUGUCCAUGUUCAUCCAUCUGAGUCCUGAUCUGGCCGCUCCGCUGCUGCUGGAGAUCAUGCAGUCUGUGGGCAGGUUGGCCUCUAGCUCCAAUUUCACAGGUCAAGCUGAAAGCGUGCUGAUUCCUGGGAAUGUGGCUGGUGUAGCCAAGCAGUUCCUCCGCUGCGUUCUCCAUCAGCUCGCACCCAACGGCAUCCUACCACAACUGUUCCAGAGCAACAUUAAAGAUGGAAGCUUCCUGAGGACGCUGGCCCUGUCUCUGAUUGAUUUCAAUGAGCUGAGCUCGGUGGCAGCGCUCAGUCAGCUCCUGGAGGGUCUGAACAAUAAGAAGACUCUGCCAGCAGGAGGCACUAUUCUGCACUGUCUGGACAACAUCGCCCCCUUCAUGGAGACGCUUCCCAUGGACUCACCCAGCAACCUGUGGACAACCAUCUCGAACCAGUUCCACACAUUUCUAACCAAACUACCUGCUGUUCUGCCACUCAAGUGUCCGCUGGACUCGAGUCUGAGAAUUAUCAUUUGCUUGCUGAAGAUUCCUGUAACAAAUGCAACAAGAAGUCUGCUGGAGCCCUUCUCCAAACUCCUGAGUUUCGUUCUCCAGUACGGUGUGUUCAGUCUCUCGUAUCUCGUAGAGCUCUGCGGUUUAUGCUACAAAACCUUCAGCAAGGAGAGGGACAAGUUCUACAUGUCUCGUGUGGUUGUUCUGGAGUUGCUUCAGGCUCUGAAGUUCAAGUCAUCCAUUCCUGAUACGAACCUGCUGCUGCUGGUGCAGUUUGUGUGCACAGACAUCGGGACCAGGCUGGCCGAGUCCACCAUCCUCCAGAAGCGCAUGAUCUCCGCUCUGCCCGGGUGCACCACAGCAGCGAUGGAGUGCUUGCGGCAGUAUCUGAGCGAGCUGCUGGACUUCAUCGCAGACAUGCACACGCUGACCAAACUAAAGAGCCACAUGAAGGCGUGCUGUCAGCCGCUGCACGAGGACACGUUCGGCGGGAAUCUGAAGGUCGGUCUGGCUCAGAUAGCGGCGAUGGAGAUCAGCAAAGGCAACCACAGAGACAACAAAGCGGUUAUUCGCUACCUGCCUUGGCUUUACCAUCCGCCUUCUGCUAUGCAACAAGGACCCAAAGAGUUCAUCGAGUGCGUGUCGCACAUUCGCCAGCUGUCUUGGCUGCUGCUGGGGUCUCUUACCCACAGUGCUUUGCAUCAGGGCUCCUCGUGCUGUAUGCCCAUUCCACUGGAUGCUGGAUCUCAUAUCGCAGACCAUCUGAUUGUCAUCUUGAUAGGAUUCCCAGAGCAGUCCAAGACGUCAGUGCUGCACAUGUGUUCGCUGUUCCACGCCUUCAUGUUCGCCCAGCUGUGGACCAUCUACUGCGAGCAGGCCGCGGCCAACCCGACCAAUCAGAACCAGAACGAGUUCUCCUCGUGCGCCAUCCUCACGGGCCUGGAAUUCUGGAGCCGCGUGACUCCCAGCAUCCUCCAGCUCAUGGCCCACAACAAAGUGAUGGUAGAGAUGGUCUGCUUGCAUGUCAUCAGUCUAAUGGAGGCCUUGCAGGAGUGUAACUCAACCAUCUUUGUAAAACUGAUUCCCAUGUGGCUGCCCAUGAUUCAGUCGAACUUAAAUCAUCUGUCCGCGGGUCUCCAGCUGCGUCUUCAAGCCAUUCAGAACCGGGUGAACCACCAGUGUCUCCAGAAUCCUGGAUCCGGAUCGUUUCCUCUCACUCUGCGCAAGUGGCUUCAGUGCACUCAGUUUAAAAUGGCCCAGGUGGAGAUCCAGUCGUCUGAGGCGGCAUCCCAGUUUUACCCCAUGUGAUCUUUAAAGCAGCAAGCUGUGUGUGAUGAUUAAUCAUAUGAGCUUCUGCAGCAGCAAAUGUAGUUGCUCAAGGUUCGGUGGUCUUCCUAGUGUGUGUGUUAUUAUCGAAUACAUUACAGAAAUCAUGCAUAGAGAAAAAUGUUAGCCUGUUUCAACCAGGGAAAGUUUUUUUUUGCAUUAUCAAUAGUAUGCAUAUUUCAAA